AUGCAGAAGCUGGGUAGGAAGUACGUGUCGGUGCAGGACAUGAUUGCGGCAGCAAAGAGGUCAGAGGAGGAUGGAGCCGCAGCCAAAGAUGGGGAGGGAGGGGAGGAGGAAAAGGAAAAGAGGAAGAGGAAAGGCAAGUCGGGUGAAGAUAGUGAGGAACUUGAGGAGGAGGAAGCAAAAAAGAAAAGGAAAAAAGGACUGGCAGGGGAGGGGGGUGAGGAGAUGGGCGGAAGAGUGGGCAAGUUAGAGGGAUUGGUAGAGGUUUUUAGUAGGGACAUCAUGGCACCGCUGAAGGAAUUAAAAGUAGAUGGAAGAGGGGGAAGGGAGGAAGUCCAGAAGGUGAAGGAGAGUCUGGAUAAAUGGCAGGAGAAAUGGGAGGAGGAAAGAGGGAAGAUAUGGGAGAAAAUGGUGGAGAUAGGGGGAAAGAUGGAUCAGUCGGAGAGAGUGAGAAAGGAGGAAAUGAAUGAAGUCAACAGCAGACUUCUGAGACUGGAAGAAAACGCAAAGAAUGGGGCUGAGAGAAGGACCAAAGGGAAUGAAAUGAAGGGUAGAGAGGGAAGAGGGGCAGAUAGGGUUGUGGAGGAGGAUAUGAGGAUUGAGACCAUCGAACGGAGGCUACAGGAGUUGGAGUGGAAGGAGGAGGUGAUUGAAAGAAAAAAGAGGAUGGGCAAUGUAGUGAUAAGGAGGAUGAUUUUGGAGGAAAGGGAUGCAAAGGAGGCAGUACUGGAGAUGUUCAGGGACAAGAUGGAUGUGGAGGUGGAGGUUCUGUGGGUGAGGAAGUUUGGGAAGAAGGACAGGGAUGGGGGAGAAUCGAUGGUGGCAAGUCUCAAGGACGAACAUGAAAAGGGGAAAGUGCUUACAAAUAGGAGUAAAUUGAGAGGGAGGAGGGAGAGGCUGGAGAGUGACUUGACAUUCAAGGAGAGAAGGAUACAGCGGGAGCUGGAGGGAAUAGCGGACGUAGAGGCAGAAGGUUGCCACCUGUUGAAGGUGCGGGUGAGAGUAGGAAGAGGCAGGGUAUGGAUAGGAGAGGAACUAUGGCUGUGGGACGAGCGGGAGAAUAAGUUGAAAAGUAGGAAUGGAGNCAAGGAUCCGGACUUUUGGAAAAGGCUGAGGGAAUGGGACGUAGUGUUCCUGAUAGAGACGUGGUUAGACAGGAAAGGGCGGGAGGGGGUGAAGGCGAGAGUGCCGGAGGGAUUCAGGUGGAAGGGGCAGGUGGGCAGAAGAGAUAAUGAAAAAGGAAGGCCGAUAGGAGGAAGGAACCUAGAGUUAAUGAAAGCGGUAAUGGAGGAGCAAUCGGAGGAGCUGACGAUCAUUGGAGGGGAUUUUAAUAUGAAAACAGGGAAAGAAGGAGGUUUUGGGGAUGCAGAGACGGGGGAGGGGGGCGGCAAAAGAAAAUCAAUGGACGACAGAAAAGCAUGCAGAGAGGUGAAAGCGAAGGUGAAACAAGUGAAGGAGGACAUAGAAGGAGCCAUGCGGAGAAGGAGCAAAGGAUGGGGGGACUGGUGGGAUGAAGAGUGUGAGGCACUGAAGUCGGAAGCAAGGAAGGCGCUGAGGAGAGCAAGGAAGGGGGUGGUGGAUAGGGAGGAAUAUAGGGAGAGGAAAAGAGAGUAUGCUAAGCUGUGUGAAGAGAAGAAGGCGGAGGAGCGAAGAAAAUUCGAGAGAGAGGUGGAGGAAGCAGUGGACGCAGGAACACCAGAGGAGAGCAGCAUCAUCAUCAUCAGGGAAAUCUUUAUCAGAUUCAACGUCGACUGGGAGAAUUUACGACUCUCUCAGACCCCACAGAACACCAUCCCGGCCAGCAACAACCAGGAACCUGUCAACAAGUCAUCCGGUCCAUCAUCGCGCCAAGACGCAGCCUCACAAAGUAAAUCAUCUGCACGGACACUCAUCGAGAGGAAGAGGUCAACGACCUCGCACAAUCAGAUUGGAGAUGCUGGACAAUCAGAAAAGUACCAGCUGAGACAUUAA